CCAUUCUGGCUCGGGCUGGCUCGCUCCCAUGGCCGCGGCGGCGCAGCCAGCGCCCGCGCUCGACUCUGCGGCUCGUGGCGCCCACGUGGGCCGGGACCUGCUCGUCCUGGCCCACGGCUGGACCUGCUUCCCGCUGCUCCUGGAGUUCGCCGCCCAUCACGCCUCGCAGAGCCGCUCUGCCAGGGCCGGCUGAGCGCGGCCCAGCUCGCCACACGGGCGGGCGUCCGCGAGGCCCCGCUCCGGCUGGUCCUCCGGGCGUGCGGCGUCCUCGGCUACGUGAGCCUCGACCGCGCCGCGGGCACCUACUCCGCCAACAGGGGGCCGGAGCUCGAGGCGCUGCUAGCCUUGCUGGGCCCUCGUGGGCCACUGGCGGAGGCCCUGAGCGGCGUCUACCGCAGGGCGGCCCCGCCGUUCAGGGUGCCGUCGGAUGCCGCCCGGUACUGCCUGUCGGUGUGGUCCCAGCAUCGCCCGGCGUGGCGGCAGCAGGGGCGCUCUGCUGCGCUGCUGCCGCUGCUGCUGGACGGGGUCGCGCUCACCCCGCUGCUGGUGUCCAUGACCUACUUCGCGCGCUGGGACGACCGGGGCGGGGACGCCGAGGAGCGGACUCGGGCGGCAGAGGCCGACUUCGGGGAGCUUGAUCCCGACCUGCACGAUGCGUUCCUGUCCAUGUGUGAGGGCGUCGGCGUCCGGGUGCUGAAGGGCCCGGGCACUCUCAGGGUCCCCGUGCAGAGCUUGGAGGCCCUGACGGCGUGCUACUGCAUGUACGUGCCCGCCUCCCUCGCGUCCCUGCUGGCGGGCUUUGGCGGGACCCUUCUCGAGGAUGCCAGCUGGGAUCCGACUCGCCCGAUUUCAGCGGCCGCCUGCCACAAGAUGCUGCAUGCUGUCGGCAGCCGCGCAUGGCACCUGCCGCUGUACGAGGGCAUGCUCAGGCAGAUCGGACAUGCCUUCGGCACUGGGGACGUGCACUCGCAGCCGAAGUUUGUGGUGGUCGCUGGCGCGGGGGACAGCUGCCUCCUCUCGCAGAUCCACGACUACAUCAAGGAGCACACCGCUCGGGGCAGGCUGCUCGAGGAGCACCCUGUCGUCAUGGUCGCCGUCGACCCGGAUCUGCGGGCACGCACCGCGGCAGCCGUGAGGUUGGCCCAGCGAAGGGUGCCCCACAAGGUGUUGGACGGCGCUGCCGAGAUGACGGACGGGCUGGCACAGCUUCUGGAGCGGAGCGGGGUGCAGCUGGACAGGGCUCUGCACGUGCACGCCUUCCUCCACGCCUGGCCGCACGUCGCUCCGAGGAAGAGGCUCGACCCCGCGCUGGAGGCGUUCGCGCGGGCGGCCCUGGCAGACGCGGCGUGCACGGACGCCUCUGGGCGGCCGGUCUCGGCGGAGGCGCUGUUCGGGGCCCUGGUGGAGCACUUCGAGCGCUGGCACGGGGUGCUGCACGGCUCCGCGGGCCUGUGCCUGGUGGAGGCCGUGCUGAGCGACGUCCCGACGGGCAGGCAGUUCCUGAGCGAGCACGCCGCCUUCAGCCACGAGAUCGUCCAGUCGCUCUCGAGGAAGGGCAUGGUGUCACCGUCGGCGCUCUGCAUGGCCGCCGCGGCGGCCGGCCUGCUGCCAGCCGACGCGAGGACCGUGCAGGCGCACCCGGCCGAGAGCAGGCACUGCUGCGCGGUGAACCUGCGCCUCGUGGCCAGGCCCUUCCGGGUGCGGCUCGCGAUGGCCAGCGACCUGCCCGACCUGGUCCGCCUCGAGCUCGUCGCCUGGGAGGAGCACCUGCGGACCCCGCGCGAGGGCCUGCGCAGGCGCCUGGAGGCGGCGCCGCUCGCCAACUACGUCUGCGAGCUGGACGGCCGGGUGGUGGCGGUGCUGUACACGCAGCGGGUCUCCGACCUGGGCGCGGUGCAGGGGCAGCAGUUCCAGCGGGCCUCCGACGCCCACGCCCCGGGCGGGCGCCACGUGCAGCUCCUCUCCAUCGCCGCGGACCCGGGGAGGGUCGGCCUGGGCCUCGGGUCGGAGCUGCGGCAGCUGGCCCUGCUCCUCGCAAGGCUGGACCCUGGCACGGACAGCGUGUGCGCCGUCACGCGCGCGAAGGGCUCCGAGUUCCGCGGCUUCGCGGGCUCCAUGGAGGCCUACCUGGCAGAGCACGUGGCCGGCCGCCGCGUGGACCCGAUCGUGAACUUCCACACCAGCUUCGGGGCCAGAUUCGUGCGCCUGGUGGCUGGCUUCCGGCCCGAGGAUGUGGACAAUCAGGGCAUAGGUGUGCUCAUCCAGUACAAUGUCCAGGAGUUGUCCAGGAUGACGGGGUCAUCGGAGGCCGCCCCCGACGCGCCCGCCGGCACCGCGCUGGAGCGUCACAUGCCUUCUGGGGAGCUGCUGGCCCAGAUCAUGGAGCGCCUCGGCUACGAGGUGGAUCACGAGAAUCCGUCGCGGGGCUUCUUCGACUACGGCAUGGAUUCGCUGGAGCUCGUCCGCAUGCAGAACAGCGUCUGCGGAGCCCUCGGCAUGCAGCUCCCGGCCACGCUGGUGCUGGACUUCCCCAGCUACGAGGCCCUGGAGGACGAGCUCGAUCGGAGGCGGGGCACGGGCUCGUACGCGAGGGGCGAGGGCUGGAAGCAGGAGCCGGUGGGCCUCGGGUCGGCAGCCGAGGGCCCCGAGGACGGGGCGCAGACUGUCUGGAGCUCUCUGACCGCCCGCGACGUCGUGGCCAUCCAAGGGGAGUGCAGGGCGGUGUAUUCCACAGCCGCGUACCAGAAGCGCUUCGGCGACUACGCCCGCAGGUGCUACCCCGACAUGGCCAUGUACUGCUUGGCGAUCGAGCCGGUGCUGUGCGAGGUGGAGGGCCCCAUCCUUCUGGAGCGGGGCCUCGUGGCCGCGACGGACUUCGCGACCGUGCAGCAGGCGCGCACCGAGCUGGCUGGCAGGGCGCUGAAGUUUUGGGCUUCGGUGCCCGAACUACGGAGCAGGGCAAAUGGCAUUGCGCAUCUCACCAAGGUAGAUCAGAUCUGGUCCUGA